GCAAGGUGGAUGGCUUGGCAUAUUGAUUCUUUUCUUAUCAUGGUUUAUGUCUAUUUAUACUGGUAUCAUUUUAAUUCGUUGUCUAUAUGCAAAUGGUAAAGCGCGUUUGACAACUUAUAAAGAAGUUGCUACUGCUGCCUUUGGAUGGAUCGGUGGCUGGGUCACUUUUUUCUUUAAUGCAUGGAUUCUUUUAGGUGCACCUAUUCUUUAUAUGGUACUUUCUGGUACUAAUUUAAACCAUCUCUGUAGAGGCACUGCUGGAGAAAUUGGAGAGAAGCCAUGGAUCAUUAUCUCUUCUGUAGUCGUUGCUAUUCCUUUUAUUCUGGUUAAAACAAUGAAAGAAGUUGCUUGGAUGAGUGCCUUUGGUGCUGUUGCUACUCUUGUCGUUGUCUUUAUUUGCUUAGCUAUGUCUGCUAUUGAUAAACCUAACCAAGUAAAUGUUCAUCACGAUGCCGUAAUCUGGAAUAUGUUCCCCAUCGCGCUAAGUACUAUAUCCUUCAGUUUUGGUGGCAAUGUCGUUUAUCCUCAUGUCGAGGCUUCCAUGAAAAAGCCUCAAGAUUGGCCAAAGGUGGUAGCUGGUGGUCUUAGUACCUGUGCUUUCAUGUAUUUUGUUACUGCCAUCUCUGGUUAUCUCAUUUAUGGCUCAAAUGUCCUUUCGCCCAUUUAUAAUAGUAUUCCUGAAGGUGCAGCUCAAAUUGUUGCUAUUGUCGUGAUCACUCUUCAUGUCUUAUUGGCUGCGCCUAUCCUUACCACUUCAUUCUCUCUCGAUAUUGAAGAAAUGCUUAAUAUUACCGUCGAACGCUUUGGUAAAGUUAAAGAAUUUUUGCUGCGUGCUAUUAUUCGUAUCUUGACUAUGGUUGUUAUUGGCGUGAUUGCUUGCUCUGUACCUCACUUUGGUGAAUUGAUGUCCCUUAUUGGUGCCUUUGCUAAUUGUACUUUAAUCUUUAUCUUCCCUGUCACUUUCUAUUUAAAACUAACUGGUGUUCGAAACAAACCAAUUUAUGAACUUUUAUGGUGUGCUCUUGUAGUCAUCCUCGGUCUUGUUGGUUUAGUUUUUGGUACAAUAGAAGCCGUAAAGGAAUUAAUAACAGCAUUUUCCUAAUCUGUCAUAUUUAGUCCAUUUUUCUUCUUAUUCUUUUUUUAUAUUUUUUCAUCUUUUGUACAUACUAUUACCUUACAUCAUCACACAAUUAUAUUCCAUAUAACAAUUAUAUAUAAUCUAUUUUUUUUUCUUUUUUUUUUUCAAAAAAAAAUAUUAAAGUAGUAAAUUAAUAUUUUAAAAGGAAUACCUCAUAAUAUUAUAAUUUCCAGGAUCUUUUCUAAAUCCUAAAAAAAGGUGAUCACUUACACUAACCAAAUAUAAAAGUUAAUAAUAGAAUAUCGGUGCCCAUAGACGACUAUCGGCCGUAUUACGUUUUUUUUUAUAUCUCAAAAAAAAUAAAAUAAAAUAAAAUAAUAAGAUGCUAC